AACAUACAAGUCACAACAUUAAGAUGUAAACAACAAUAGAAACAACUUUACAAUUAUUUAAAAAUAAUAUUAAAAAAAAAUUCUAAACCACAUAUUCAUUCAUCGCUUGAAUAAUACUCCAUAACCGGCCACACCCAAUCCCCUUGGUCAACAGGUGUAGGUACGAUUGUCAAUGCAUCUUGUAAAUUCUUGCUCAAAUGUUAAUAUUGAUCUCUAGUUUGACUAUAAACUUUUCAGAUACUCAAAUGUUUUACCUUUGUAUAAGUCCAUAUAAGGAUGCGUGAACUUAUCCUACAGAAGACCAAAAGCAUGUCUUGUUAAAUAACAUAAAGGGGACCAAAUAAGUUAAAGGCUACUUAUCAUAUCUUCAUAGCUGCCCACAUGUGUUCUUUGGCCUCAUUCCCAAUCUCGUCUCACGAAUGAACCUGUAUUGGACAAAUAGUAGGGUCACGCCCAAUUUUUCGAAGCUAUCCUAUAGAAUACCUCCUGUACUCAUUUCUUCAGCUUCCAAUAUUAUGUCCUCGAAACAAAAAUGUUUUACCGGAGAGUGACAGCUGCUGGCGACCACAUCGGAGACAAUGAAUCGCUGGUAAUCAAAUGGAUCUCCGUAGCCAUUAUAGUUGAAGAUCGGAAUCAAAGAUGCCAGUCACCGGUGGACUAUUUGAUGCACCGGAAGCUGAGUACUGAAAUGUCACCGCGCAGCUCAAUUCUAGUUGAAUCGGAGAUUGGAGUGAUAAUGCCUAAGGUUUUACGUGAAUCGGAGGAGGCGGAGAUGAAUUUCAAGUGGUUACCACUUACCACGGUUGAUUCAUAGGGAAAGUUAAAGAGAUAUUGAAGAGGAAGUAGAAUUGGAGAGUAGUAGAUAUUGACCGGAGCAACUCACUUUCCCCAGCAUAUAUUCUUUUGCGAGGCUCAGUUGCGUUUUUUAUUUUUUAAUAUAUAAAUUUUAAAUAAAAAUUUAAUAAUUUA